CUGGCUUUCAGAAGUGUGUAUCAGAAAUAGCUGUGUGGUGUGUGUGCUUUAUAUCGGGGAAACAUGGCUAGUCAUCUGGAAGAAGUUGCAGACGUUGAGAUAGACCCAGAGGGAAAGUUUAAAUACAUUUUAGUAAAGAUAAAGGUUAAGGGUGGAACCGAGCACAAAGACAUAGUAAGGGGCACAAAGAGUGCUGAGUACCACAAUCAUAUCUUUGAAAAACUGAACCCUGCUAUGGAAGCUCUGGGACUGGAGUGUAGCUGUCUUGGUGGUGGGAAGAUAGAGCACAACAGCAAAGAUAAGAAACUGCGAGUGUUUGGGGAGUCUACGGGUUAUGGGAAGGCUGACCAUGCAGUCACAGUGGAAAAGCUAAAAGCUGUCUACAAAAACUAUGAGAUCACAAUGGAAUAAUUGAAAAAGCAGCAAGAUGAAUACCGGCAAAUACAAAGACUCAGCAUUUGCAGUAAUUUAUACACUUCACUUAUAUUAACGAUUUACAUUUGUUUAUCCAGAGAAAUAAAUGUCUUGAAGCUA